GUGUGGUCCACCUUUCGCGCGCUUUUCGCUCCGCAACAAACAAAAGUUAACAAGUCAGUGCGUGUGCACCUAUCGUCGCUAACGCGGCACGCAACCGGUUAGAGCUAAACACGUGACCGACGCAGUGCGGGAGUGCCGUGCGAACGCGUACUUGAACACCUCUUGCUAGUUUGCAGCGCAAAUUUUGCCAACACUCCAUUGCAUUUGCUGCGUACGUGACCUUCCGCAAGCUGUGCCGGAUGCCGCCUACAACGACUGGGAGAUUUGUGCGUCGCGCGUUGCUGCUGGCCCUCCUCUGCGCGCACAUUUGUCAGGGGAUUGCAGCAUUGUUGCAGAAAGAAUUAUGGUUAGAGUGCUCGUGCAUGUAUGCCAGCGAGCGCAACGCCACCAGUUGGGGCAACAUCGCCAUUAACGGAAGCACUUUGCGUGGCGCCAAGAAUGACUGUUACUUGAUCUUCAUCGCGGGCGGCAAUGACGAGUUGGUCGCCCUGCGUUUCCAGACGCUGCAGCUGGCCGCUGGCUGUUCGGAGUACAUUGAAAUAUUUCCGUUCCUGCGGGAGCCCGUCAUUGAGAACUCGACUAAUCCGGAUUAUGUUAUUUGCAAUCGCACCGCUGCUACAACGUCGACUGUGUCAGCAUUAGCAUCUGCAAUGGCUGCCACGGCGUUAGCAGCCAACCGUAGUGUUGCAACAACAAAGGCCCUGCCGUCACCCACAACGGCUGAAAUCAAGCAGCAAGCGAUGUCGUCCGUUAACGCCAACACAAUGACGAUGGCGCAGGCCGCUAGCAAGAAGUCAGUGCCGGCUGCGAGUGGCGUUGCCAACCACGCUCAUUUAACGGUUAUUGCUGCCAAUAACUCGGUUGCCGCCGCUGUCGCUGUCGCUGAUUUACGUGGCAAUGAGUUUAUUUAUAGUGCAGGCAAAAUUUUCGGCAUUCGCGUACGUUUUAACCAACAACAACUGCUACAGCGCGAGCAAGCGCUGGGAAAUGAAGCAGACGGCGGCGUUGCGCUGAAAAAUUGGCUGCUCAAUAUAACCGGAGAGUAUCGAUUCUUGAAGAAGGAGCAUUUUCAAAAUGAUGGACGCCUCAUACCCGGAUCAUAUUGUGACUAUUAUUUCUUUGCUGAUCCCAAUGCGAAACCUGACAGCUUCGAGAUUUGGCAAUACUUUCAUUCGCCUCGUUUUCCAGCGAAAUAUCCGGCGCACAUCAAAUGCGCCUACAAAUUCAUCGGCCGUCCAGAAAGUCGCGUUGAAAUAGUCUUUGAGGAGUUGCAGCUGCCGAAAAAGGACGACAGCUGCAGCAUGGAUAAGCUAAUAAUUUUCGACUCGGAGUCAGCCAAUAUGAAUGCCGUUAUUGAUGUCAUUUGCGAUGCGCCGCCUACGCGACGCAUCAUCAGUUCCGGUCCCGAUUUGCUAAUCGAAUUCAACGCUAGUUCCAAUAAGACAGCCAAAGGCUUUCGCGGCAAAUUCAAAUUUAUACACAAUGAAGUCGAAGACCAAUUUAUGCCAGCGCUCACAAAUGAUUUGACAACAGAAAAGAUAAUUGCUCUCGAACGAAUCGGUUUGCGGAAGGAGACUCCACGUCCGGUGCUCACGGCAGAUGAGUGGGGUAAAUUUUUCAAGGAUAAUGAAAAUUGCAAACAAAUAUUUGAUUCGCGUGUAAACAAAUCCGGCCGUUUUGACACUGCUCAGCUGUUCCCCACAGUGCCAAAUGUCAACAUCAUUCCAGUGUUGUCGCCGUCGAGAGUGCAGUGUCGAUUUGAAUUUUACGGUGGCGUCGACGAGAGGGUUCAGAUAAAAUUUUUAGAUUUCCACAUUCCGGCGGAAAAUAAAAACGCUACGGUAUGCAAGGCAAAUGAUGUGCUACAGCUGCUUACCCAAGUGCGUGGGAAAUACGAACCAACUGAAACAUUCUGUGGAGCAUUUCUACCCAAGCCAAUCAUGUCGAACGGGCCGAAAUUAUUACUUCAAUUUAUUGGCCGGUAUCCGCCUACUGGCUCGAAAAUCAAUUAUUACGGUUUCAAAGCAGAGUUCAAGUUCGUAAAAAAUUUUGGGAUAUCCACGGGACAGCAGCUGGAUGAAAAUUGUACCUUCACGUAUAAUAGUACAGAUCGGAAAUCCGGAUGGUUUGGGUCUCCGAAUUUUCCCGGUUACUACCCACAAAAUAUGAUUUGCCAUUACUAUUUCUAUGGCGAACCUGAUGAGCGUGUCAUCAUACGAUUUACCUUCUUUGAUGUUGAGGGUAUCGGCACUUGUGAAUAUCUGACAGCUAGCGAUUAUGUGGAAUUUUCGAAUUUUAUGAGCACCGAUCGCAAAUAUGGAAGAUAUUGUGGGAAACGUGACAAAUUUGAGGUACGCUCAGAUGGUCGGUUUUUCCGCGUUUCCUUCUAUUCAAACGACCGUUUCGAUAAAACUGGUUUUCGUGCUCUCUACGACUAUCAAGGAAAAAGUUCUCGCGUGGAAAAUACUUCAAUGCAGAGCUAUAUAUCUGGGAGUACAGGUAUCCUCAGAUCAUAUUACAAUCUUCAAAAUGCAUUUACUCUGAUAUUGUUCAAAUUGUUUGCAAAUUUCAAAAUAAUAAAUUAAAGAAAUUAUAUAA